UUCCCAGACAUGUGCCCCUGUCACUCAUGCACAUUCAGACACACAACUACACCACACACCCACUAGUGUUUCCACUGUGUCCUCUGUGUUCCCAGCACAAGGCUGGCACACUACUCCGUUGGUCUUUUGAACACAGCCUGUCUCUCUGCAGCUUGGAGCAAGAAGCUGAAAAACAUUACUGAAUCACCUGCAGCUCUAUUACGUUUUUUUUGUGUGGAUUUGUUUUUUAAGUUUUAAAAACCCAUUGAUUGUUUUUGCUGGAAAACAGCGUGGAGACAGUCAUCCAGUGUGUGUAGUAGUUCAGAAGAAGUCUUGAACUAAGUCUUCCAAAAUGGCCCCUGUGAAAGGCUGGGUAGUGGGGCUCCUACUGGUUCUCCUGUGCCCAUCCCAGGUCCCCCUCUCGGGAGUCGUGAGUGCCCAGGACGUGGCUGAAGCAGAGCAAGGCCUCCAUGCCAGAAAUGUUGAGGAGGUUGUGGCUGAAGAGGGCCAAACGGCGGAGGGGGAUGAUGGCGCAGGUGAGGAAGAACAACAGGUAGCGGAGGAGGAUGGAGACGAAGAAGAUGGAGAAUCAGACGAUGAGGCAGAAACGGAUGAUCAGGAGGAGGAAGGGGAGGAUGCUGAGGAGGAAGAGGAGACCGCUGAGGAGGAAGAGGAAACUGCUGAGGAGGAAGAGGAGACUGCUGAGGAGGAUGAGGAUGCUGAGGAGGAAGAGGAUGCUGGGGAGGAAGAGGAGACUGCUGAGGAGGAAGAGGAGACUGCUGAGGAGGAAGACAAGGAGACUGCUGAGGAAGACGAGGCUGAAGAAGAGGAAGCCGAGCAAGAUGAAGAAGAGGCAACUAAGGAAGAGGAGGAGGAUGUUGAAGAAGAGCAAGAGGAGGAGGAGGAGGAGGAGGAAGAAGAGGAGGCUGCAGAUGAGGAAGAAGAGGACGAUGCUGAAGAAGAGGAGGCUGAUGAGGCAGCAGCAGAGGAGGAGGAUGAUGAUGCAACAACUGAAGGAGAGGAGUUAGCUGAGGAAGAGGAUACUGAUGAUACUGAGGAGGAGGAAGAGGAUGGGGAUGACUCUGAGGAAGAGGAAACAACUGAAGCAGAGGAAGAUGACGAUGAGCCUGAAGAUGAUGACACAGCAGAUGACACAGCAGAUGAAGAGGAGCCUGCCACUGACCUGCUGAAAUUCCACUCUGGCUCGUUGUGUAGUGUUUGCUCAAUCUGUGAGCACUGCUCUAAUAACUGUGACAAAUGUCCCUGUGAAGAUGAGUCGGAUCACUGUGAGCACUGCCAAGAAUGCUCAUCCUGCUACAUUUGCCCCAUACUGUGUGACACAAUUUGCACACCAGGUGGCCUUGUUGAUGAGCUAACUGGGACCCUCUUUCAGUAA